AUGGCAGCCACCAUGACAGCGACAGAGCCAGUUUCAAACCAAGGAGAAAGAACCGUUUUCAACGGGUGUAGCGAGGAUGAUCAAGCUUGUGCCAAGUUGUUCUGGCAGUCACUGACCCUUCAGCCACCGAUUGAGUCACGACUCGUCUCUGGGGAUGUGAAACAGAGGCUGAAAGUUGCCCCGCCGGGAAGACAGACUGUGAAUCUGGCCUAUGAGAAAAUGGAAAAAUCACAAAAACUGAAUGACUUCCUGCAGAAAGCACAGGCAGAGGUGAUCUACGCUCAGAGUAUGAAGCUGACAAAACAGGCCAUCGCCAGGCAAGAGACGCUACAUCUUCACAAGAAGAGGACAAUGGAAAGGCGAGAGAAAGAAGCUAUUUCCCACAGACCAGUGCCACCAUCGCUUCUUGAUGAAGAAGAUGACUUCGAUCAAGCUGCAGAGAUGGAGGCAUCUCAGGCCAUGGCUGAUCUUGAUGCAUUUACCAAGAAGAUUGAUAACAAGGAGAGUAGGUGAUAUGGGCCAAGUAUGGACCCUUGAGGAACCUCUCAUUCAUUCCGUCCAUUCAUAGAUUGGAACUUUCAAAGAUGUUUCGUAAACUGACUGCAUGAACAGAGCCCUCUUUUGUUUAACUUGUUAAGCGAGUCUUUAAACGACUAGGCUGGACCAAGAACAGAUACUUGAGGAACCUUACACCUUUUCAAUCCAUUUAUGUAUGUAUAUAGUCAAUAAGAACAUUUAUUACACAUCUUUACACUGGCUGCCCGAACAGAGCCCUCAUUUGUUCAGCUUUGUUUCACAGUGUCUUCAAAUUGGUGUGAUGGGCCAAGUGUAGAUCCUUGGGGAAUCCCAUGUGUCAGAAUUUACACAAAUUAUCACUGGCAAGAGAGUCGUCUGUUGAUUGGGUAAGUGAAAUGUUUCACACUAGUAUAACAGACCUACAAGUGUAAUAGAUAAAGAAACUUGUGUUUUAUUUUGUCAACAUGAACAGCACCCUCCAAACUUACAUCAUCAUUAAGAAGAAGUGCCAGAUGUCUCAUGAUGAUUCUUAAGUCCAGUGAAUUAAAGGAACACGAUGCCUUGGAUCGGACGAGUUGGUCUAUAAAAAGC